AAUAACCUGGUCAUUUCCACUCCUGCACAAUCAACUCUAAUAUUCACUUCUUCAUCACUUCCACCACAAUUUCUUAUAUCCAAUGGAAUCCCCAUCUUGGGUUUCUUACUUAACCGCAUGGCUUGCCACUCUAGCCCUCAUCCUCCUCUCCCUCCGUUUCCGCCCCCGUCGAAAACUCAACUUCCCACCUGGCCCAAAACCAUGGCCCGUAAUUGGGAACCUUGACCUCAUUUGCUCACUUCCCCACAGAUCAAUCCAUGCCCUCUCCCAAAAAUAUGGUCCACUCAUGCAACUCAAAUUCGGAUCGUUCCCUGUUGUCGUGGCCUCUUCGGUUGAAAUGGCCAAAGCCUUCCUUAAAACCCAUGAUGUUAUCUUUGCUGGUCGACCCAAGAUCGCGGCAGGAGAAUACACUACUUACAAUUACUCUGAUAUUACUUGGUCACCGUACGGACCAUACUGGCGUCAAGCACGAAAAAUGUGCAUGACAGAACUUUUUAGUGCAAAACGCCUUGAGUCAUACGAGUAUAUCCGAAGAGAAGAAAUGAAAUUGUUGCUAAAAGGGUUGUACGAAUCAUCCGGUGUCCCAAUUGUUUUGAAAGAUCGUCUUUCAGAUUUGAGUCUUAAUGUAAUAAGUAGGAUGGUGUUCGGGAAAAAGUAUACAGAGGGCACCGGUGAAAAUGAGAUUGUGACCCCGAAGGAGUUCAAGGAGAUGCUUGAUGAGUUAUUCCUACUUAACGGAGUAUUGGAUAUCGGGGACUCGAUUCCCUGGCUAAGGUUCUUGGAUUUGCAAGGCAAUAUUAAGAGAAUGAAGGCCUUGAGCAAGAAGUUCGACAAAUUCUUGGAGCACGUUUUGGAUGAACAUAACGCUAGGCGAAGAGAUGUUAAAGAUUAUGUUGCCAAGGAUAUGGUGGAUGUACUUUUGCAACUUGCUGAUGAUCCCAAUCUUGAUGUUAAGCUUGAAAGGCAUGGAGUCAAGGCAUUUAGUCAGGACAUGAUAGCUGGAGGGACCGAGAGUUCAGCAGUGACUGUGGAAUGGGCAAUUUCAGAGAUGUUGAAAAAGCCAGAAAUAUUUGCCAAGGCUACAGAAGAACUAGACAGGGUAAUUGGCAGGGAAAGAUGGGUAGAAGAAAGGGACAUUGAGAACCUACCUUACAUCGACUCAAUUGCCAAAGAGACUAUGCGUUUGCACCCUGUGGCACCCAUGCUAGUGCCUCGCAUGACCCGUGAAGAUUGUCAAGUAGAUGGUUACGACAUUCUCAAGGGCACUAGAGCUCUUGUAAAUGUGUGGACAAUUGGGAGAGACCCCACGGUUUGGGAUAACCCCAAUGAAUUUUGCCCUGAGAGAUUCAUUGACAAGACCAUUGAUGUGAAAGGUCAUGAUUUUCAACUGUUGCCAUUUGGGGCUGGAAGGAGGAUGUGCCCUGGAUAUCCUCUCGGGAUUAAGGUAAUUCAAGCAAGUUUGGCUAAUCUUUUACAUGGAUUUACUUGGAAGUUGCCUGGUAACAUGACAAAAGAAGAUCUCGAUAUGGAGGAGAUCUUUGGCCUCUCCACCCCAAAAAAAUGUCCACUCCAAGCUGUGGCAGUGCCUAAGCUCCCACUUCAUUUGUACUCCCACUGAUAUUAUAUAUAUAUAUAUAUAUAUAUUAUUUUAAGGCUCUUAAAAAUAAUUCAGAGUAUGAGAAGAGAAACAAACAAGCAGAGAAAAAAAAAAGAAAGAAAAAUACAAGUGAUGGUGAGUGCUUUGCCUUUUAGUGGCAGACAGCUAUUUAUGCAAUCUUUUUUCUCUUUUCCACCUUCAAUGAGUUGUUGGCAUGUAACUGAAUUCUGCACUAAUAAAGACUUAUUUAUAGUGUCCAA